AAAAAAAAAAAUGUUUACUUCUCUUGCGUUAUCGACGGCACCAUUGAGCACGACGAUUGUCUCUGCUGCUACGAGGCGGUCACAAGUUUCACAGCCUAAAUCCAAGAAAUCCAAGCCGGAGAAUAAGCGGCCAACGACGACGUCAACGAGCGGUUUCUCCUCCGGCAGAACAACGAAGGAAUUGACUUGGAAAUGCGUAGAAGGCUGUGGAGCUUGCUGUAAGCUUGCAAAGGACUUCGCUUUCGCCACCCCUGACGAAAUCUUCGAUGACCCUGAUGAUGUCGAGCUGUAUCGAAGCAUGAUCGGAGAUGAUGGAUGGUGCAUAAACUACAACAAAGCUACACGCAAAUGCUCCAUUUAUUCUGAUCGUCCAUACUUUUGUCGGGUUGGGCCGGAGGUUUUCAAGUCACUCUACGGGAUUGAAGAAAAAAAAUUCAACAAGGAAGCUAUCAGCUGUUGCAUUGACACCAUUAAGACGAUUCAUGGUUCUGAUUCCAAAGAAUUGGAUAACUUCAACCGUGCUAUCAGAAGUAGUCCGAACUCGAGUUAGAUAGUCUGAUGAAUUCCAAGGCAGGAAACAUAAAUGCGGAAAUUAGUUUUCACUAACCGGAGUCGACCUGGGCGCAACCGUGGCAGACAAAAGUAGCAUUAAUCUCCUUUUCUUUAAAAUGCAUAUAGAUUUGGCUGGCAGAGAAAUCAGAGGGACAAAGUUCCCAUUCAUCGAACUCUUUGUCUGAAACAAGGCUGCCUUGCUCGUAGACUCCGCAUCGCUUACACUU